AUGGAUCAGAGUCUUAUAACCACCACAGGGUCUAAAAAGGCUUGUUGUGUAACCGGUGGUACAGGAAACUUAGCCUCUACUCUCAUCAAGCAUUUGCUUCAAAGUGGCUACAAAGUUAACACCACAGUUAGAGAUCCAGAAAAUGAGAAGAAAGUAUCUCACCUUAAGGCACUUCAAGAACUCGGGGAACUCAAGAUCUUCAAGGCGGAUUUGACCGUUGAAGAGAGUUUUGAUUCAUCAAUCUCAGGCUGUGAAUACGUUUUCCAUGUUGCAACCCCAAUCAACUUCACAUCUCAAGAUCCUGAGAAAGACAUGAUCAAGCCAGCGACACAAGGAGUGAUCAAUGUGUUGAAAUCUUGCUUAAAAUCGAAAUCAGUCAAGCGAGUGAUCUACACUUCUUCAGCUGCUGCGGUUUCUAUCAACAAUCUCCCUGGACCUGGACUUCUGCUGAACGAAGAAGACUGGUCUGACAUUGAUUUUCUCACAACGGAGAAGCCGUUUAACUGGGGUUACCUUAUCUCAAAGAUUUUAGCAGAGAAGACAGCUUUUAAGUUUUCGGAAGAGAAUAAGAUCGAUCUUGUUACCGUAAUUCCGGCACUCAUAUCCGGAAACUCUCUCCUCUCCGAUCCUCCUCCGAGCAGCUUGUCUCUCUCGAUGUCUUUAAUCACCGGGAACGAAAUGCAUCUGAAUGCUCUCAAAGAAAUGCAGAAGCUGUCUGGCUCGAUCUCGUUCAGCCAAGUGGAGGACUUAGCUCGUGCACACCUGUUUCUUGCGGAGAAAGAAACUGCUUCUGGUCGCUACAUUUGCUGUUCUUACAACACUUGUGUUCCAGAGAUUGCUGAUUUUCUCCGACAAAGAUAUCCAAAGUACAAUGUCAUGUCAGAAUUCGAAGAGUGCUUGUCGAUUGCGAAAGUGAGGCUAUCUUCGGAAAAACUCAUCAAAGAAGGCUUUGAAUUCGAAUAUGGGAUCAAUGAGAUUUAUGAUCAGAUGAUAGACUACUUCGAGUCAAAAGGACUUCUCAAAGCUAAAGAAGUUUGA